AUGGCCGAACGCUUGCCUUCCUCGAAGAACAUGCUACGGAGCCGCGGUCAGGACGAGCGCUCUGAGCGGAGGCGAGUGAGCACGGCGUCCAGUCGGGACGAAGAGAUAGAAGAGACGCUUCAGAGGAUCCAGAAGCAGGGAAAGUACGUCAAAAUGAAUGUCGGCGGCGUCCUCUACUGCACCACUCUCGGGACGCUCACCAAACACGAUAAUAUGCUCCGGGCCAUGUUUAGCGAGCGAAUUCCGCUCCAGAAAGACGACGAAGGUUGGGUGAUUAUCGAUCGCAGCGGCAAACACUUUGGCAGUAUCCUCAACUACAUCCGUGACGACUUUAUCUGUCUACCAGACAGCAAGGUUGAGUGUAUGGAGCUACUGUCAGAGGCAAAGUACUACUGUUUGACUGACCUAGUUGAGCAGCUGGAGGAGCAGCUAGAGAGACUCAGAGAUGACUACCACAAGAUAUGCCGCGUCCCUGUCAUUACCUCUCUUGACGAGGAGACGAGAAUCGUAUCAACCUCUGUGAAGCCGGUCAUCAAGCUGCUCUACAACCGAGGAAACAACAAGUAUUCGUACACAACAAACUCAGAUGACAACCUCCUGAAGAACAUAGAGCUGUUUGACAAGCUGUCGGUGCGGUUUGGCCAGAGGAUCAAGUUCAUCAAAGACAUCGUCGGGAGGGGAGAGAUCUGCUGCUGGGCUUUCUACGGCCACGCUAAAAAGAUUGCUGAAGUUUGUUGUGAGUCUAUCGUCUACGCCACGGACCGUAAACACACCAAGAUAGAGUUCCCUGAGGCGAAAAGAUCCUGGACGAAACUCUCAACAUAAUGUUGUAUGAGAAACGAUCGGAUGGGUCCCCUCUCGGCUACACAGACCCCCUCCCCUCUCUCCCUCGUGUCCCGCCUCCGCGACCCCCUGGGACCCCUGACGGAGUCCUCUCUGAAGAUGAACUGAGAUAGUGACAGCCCCCCUCCCCCUCGCUCUCUUUCUCUCUACCGACACUCUGUGUGUGUUGCCAGACCAUCACUACGUACCAUAACAUCAGGCUCUUUCCCUGAUUCAGUCAGUGUAUCUGUAUGUCUGUUAGAUUUUUUCAUGAAAAUUUUGAGGC